AUGACUGUAGGAAGAGAAAGCCUUCUAGAAGAAAAUCAUAAUGUUGCUGAGAACUAUCAUAUUUCAGAAAAUAUAGGUAAUGGUAAUAACAAAAACAUUCAUGGAAAUCAACCUAAAUUACAUUCCAAAAAAUUCAAUCCCUUUAUCAAAUAUCAGAAACAUGAACCACAUCGACCAGCACCUAGUGUACCAAAUCCAAAACUUAUUAAACAUCGUGAUCAUGGAAAUCUGGAUAAAAUUGGAAAGAAAAACCCACAAAAAGAACAUGAACAAGGAAUUCAUUCUAAAUUACUGAAAAAAAAUUCAUGGUGGAGUGGUCGUAAAAAGGAGUCAAAUGUACCUGCAGCUACAACGUCAGUGGUUACAACUGUUGUUAAACCUCAAGAAAUUUUACAAGAUUUUAAUACCUCACCAAUGAAAGAUUUUAUCUCAGAACAACAACAGCAACAACAACAUAAACAAUCGCUACAACAUCAUAUGCAACUCACUCAUGUAGAAAAAAAAAAUUUACCAAGAACCAAAAGUUGGUUUUCAAAAAGUCAUAAUAGAUCACCUUCUUUGGUACUACAAUCUGGAGCAUCAAGUGAAAGUGAAGAUCAAUUGGACUUAUUAUCAACAGAAUCAACAGAACAGAACGCAAAUAAUUUAACAAAUUUAAUUAAAAGAUUAGAGGAAGAUGAUAGUAUACCAAUAGUUUUUAGUCAAUAUUCUGGAGAAUCAGUUUUCAAAAGAAAUAUAUCAACACCAACAAUUUUUAAAACUCAAGUUUCAAAAUUUCAUAAAUUUGAUAAAUUUGAAGAAAGUUCAUAUAAUUUAUGGAAUGUUUGGACAAUAGAUGAAGAAACAAAUCAAAAAAAAAUUGAAAGAUUAAUUGAAUGUAAAUCUGAUUUUAUUGAAUUUUUUAAAAAUUUUAAUUAUUCAAAAUGUUUUAUAAUGAAAAGUAAUUUAGUUCCAAAUAUUUUACAAUUUAAAAAUGGUUAUUUAGUUAAAUUAAAAUUAUUACAUGGUAAAACUUCAACCAACACAGAAUUAGGAUUAAAUUUAUUUAUGAAAUGUUGUAAAUAUUCAAUUUUAAAUAGUAUACCAAAUAAUUCAAUUAAAAUUAAUGUUUGUGGUUUUACUUAUCAUAAAAAAAGGCAAUUAACACAAAUUGUUUUAUGGAUUCAUCCUAUUUUAAAUAUGUCUUUUGAUAUAUCUAAUCAAGUAAAAUUAUUGAUUAAAUCUUUUAAUUUUGGUCAUAAUUUAAAUAAAAUUACUUUGGUUGAUAUAAAUAAUAAUUCUAAAACUGUCGUGAGUGUUGAUGUGAUGGAAUAA